AUGACAGAAAAUUAAUUUUAUUCUAAUAAUUAAUAUUAAAUAUAUAAUGGUUAAAGUUUGACUUAGAUUUAUGGCAUUAUUUAAGAUGAUUAUCCUUUUAAUCUUGAAACUUAAUAACUUAACUAAGCAUAAUCUUGCAAUUGCAUGGAAGUAGAUGAUUAAUAAAUAAAUAUAACUUUCAUUAAAUCAACCCAAUAAAAAUCUAAAUGCAAACAAAACAAACGCAGGUUUUUGUUUAAAGAAGUAUCUCAAAAAAAUAGGAGUUUAGAUUCAAAACAUUUGCAUUCUGAUAGAAAAAAAAAAACUGAAAUACUAUAAGAAAAUGUAUUUCUUUCUUAGUUUGAAGUAGGGAUAAUAGAAAAUGAAAAGGAUUGUACUAAAAAAUAUGUUUCUAGUUAGCCUAAGAAUUAAAAGAAAAGAACUAAACAUAAAGGAUUGUACAAAAAACGUAUUCAAGAGAAUAGUACAGUUAAUUCAAAUAUAUUGCAUUCAAAUAGAAUAAAAAGUCAAGAAAAAAAAGAUAAUGAAUAAGUAGUAUUUAUAACAGAUGGUAUAAUAAAUAACUACUGA